CGAACAACGUGGGUCCAAUGAACCGGGAGAGGACACACCUGUCGAUCUCACCUGUUGUUCGAGAGCCGGAUAACAAAGUCACUUAAUUUCAUCCCGUUGAAGAAGAGUAAGUAAUAAAGAAAUGCAUGUUGAAUGGCUUGGUGGACGUAUUCGUCAUGGAAGCAGCCACGUAUAACGAAUGGUUGUACUGGAGAGCCCAACUACCCGACAUAAACGAAGAAAUCGAAUUGUUUUGUAGUGCCGACUUAGAUUUAGUCAUCGGUAACAGCAUCUGGCAGGAAAUAAGCAACUGUGCUCUCAUGCCUUACAGUACCAGAGCUGACACGACUGCGCCGUCAACUAUCGAUCGUUCGUCUUCCAAUCCGAAUUUUUGUCGUUGCACGGUUGCUUCGGUAGCGAUACGUAAUGGUGUCUGUCGUAAAUGCAACGAUGAGCGAACGAAUUCGAAAAAUCGCUCUCCGUUAUCGAAAAAUAAUCAUGGAAAUCAUGGAAUACGAGAAAAGAACAAUCAUCUGAAUAGAGAAAGUAAAAUGGGAAAUUUAGGUAGCCAACCUGGAGACAAGAAAUCAAAACAGUCUCCGGGUAAGGAGAAAGAAUUGAAAGUAGAAUCUAAAGGUAGUCCAGGACGAUUUAGGAUAGGAAAGGAUGCCAAAAAACAGAAAGUGUCGUCCUCCUCGCCUUUGGCUACUCCUACCGAGAAGAGGCGAGGUUUGCUUGGCAGAGGCGUAAAGGCGAAUAAGGAAGCGCUCCCGGCGCAGGUGCACGCGGUUAAAAACGAAGUCAAGAAUAGCGAGCUGAAAGUCGAAUCCACUCCCAGUCCGGAAAGUUCCGUCUCUAGUUCUCUGUACGUCGACACCGUCAGUCGUCUGCCCACUCCGGAGGAAGUCACGAUAUGCGACGGAGACUCUCUACUGGACGCCCAGAUUCCGGAGGAGGGCACCUUGCAGGAAACGUCUCCCGUCAGUUUAAAUGACAUCAAAGUAUUUUGUGACGAACUCGUCUAUCCCGAAAAAUUGGCGACGCAGUCUUACCCAGGAACGCCCGAUACCGGACUCAGUAAUUCCACGGAUUUGAGUGCAAAGGAUAGUGAUAACGUUUCGCAAAAUAGCGUGAGGCUCGUUUCUAGUGUCACUUCCACGGGUAGUCUUACUAGAAAUGGCUUUGCAGGAAAAGAACUGCAGGAAUCUUUAAGUUACAAACACAGAAAUUUGGUAGAUUCGUCGGCCCCUACCUUUACCCUAGUACCUCACCAGAAAGUAGUGUUACCCCCUCAUAAAUUUAGUACACUUCCGUCUAAUUCCAAUAAUAAAAAAGAUCAUACUGUGUCGGAAGAGUGUCUCAGACCCGGUCAUCUUUUCACAAACACUAGCGAACCUCACAUUCCGUCAGCCCGUCGACAUUCUUCUUAUGGUGACAAUUUGCCUUUGGAUGGAAAUGUGCUCAGAAAGGUGGCCUCACUCACUCUGGAUAAGGCUACGCUCGAAGCUAAGGUGAACAGGCCGAAAUUCGUUCCGGAGAAACUGGAUUUUAGUCUUUAUGAAAAGUUCGAAGGACAGAUGUUAAUCCAUUGGUUUUGUUCGGCCUUUCCUGAAGACCAUUAUCUUCGUUACUUAUUGACAAAACAGGAUCUUAAAAUUCUAGCCGCACAAUUCUCUACUCAUUUGCUUGCCGCCGGCGUUCUUCGCCAAAUUGAAGAUGAAAAUGCUCCGUUGGAGAUAGUUUUUCGACCUGAUUUAAUGUACUAUUGGACACAUUCAGAAGUACCAACAUCUGCAGCACCGAUACCUGGAAAAUUAUCACCUUCACUGUGGCCGCCGCCUAAUUCAGAAGUUGGUGAACAGAAAGGAUUGUGUUAUUCAGAAGCUGACCUGCAGAAGUUAAUGAUGGGAGUAAGGAAACAGCAUACAAGUGCUUUAGAUAAAUUGCAAAGGGAAAAAGAUAUUGCUGUUUUGCAUAUGAGAGGACAACAAGCUGCAAAACUAACUGAAUAUGAGUAUAAGUUGGCCCAAUUAGAGAGAGAGGUUGAUAAGUAUCAAACGUUAGCUGGAAUUGAAGAAUUAGCAAGGAAUGCUAAAGAUGAAUUAGAAUUGCUUCCAAUAUCACCUGUGAAAGAAGUGGCAGAAGAUUCAACAAAAGAAACAGUUUCCACACAAACUAAAGGUUUGCCUGUGAUAUUGGAAUCGGUAUUGGUGCAGACUGAAGAUAAAUCAGAAGAUAAGUGUGUUGAAGUACAAACUGAAGAUUUGGUUCAGCCUGUCAAGCAGAAGCAUAGAAGUACAUCUAUAUCUGGUUCAGAUUUAGCACUUCUCCCUGUUUCAGAAGAACCAGUAGCGUCCCUUCCCUCAGAUUUAGUUAGCUCUUCCUCACCUGCAAGUAUUGCAAUCAGUCCUGUAUCAGCUCCUCCUCCUCCUCCUCCUCCUCCUCCACCACCACCUCCACCUCCUCCUCCUGCUCCUUGUAUUCCUCCCCCACCUCCACCUCCACCACCACCAUUACCUUCAGCAGGUCAAGGUAUACCACCCCCACCACCCCCUCCACCACCCUUUUUGCCAUCAACACAUUCAGGACAAGGCAUACCACCACCACCUCCGCCGCCUCCACCACCACCACCACUACCAGGGUUAGGAGCUUGUAUCCCACCACCACCUCCACCUCCACUUCCCCUAAUAGGAUCAACCGCAGGACCACCUCCUCCUCCACCUCCACCACCAUUCCCACAAAUUCCAGGAAUGCCUGCACCUCCACCUUUACCUGGAUCAGGCGCACCUCUACCACCACCACCUCCACCUCUUGGACUUUCUGGUCCUCUACCACCUCCACCUUUACCUGGUACUAGUGGCAUUUCUCCUGCUCCUUUACCUACUCCACCAGCAGGUGGUUGGUAUGGAGUUUAUUCUACAGCACGAAAGCAAGCAGUUAGUCCAAAAGUUCCAAUGAAACCUUUAUAUUGGACAAGGAUUCAAGUUGCUGUUCAACAGUCCCCGUCGUCAUCUCCAUCUCCUCCCGAAGACCAGAAAAGUUGUUUAUGGGAGAAAUUAGAAGAAAAUGUUUUACAAAAUUGGGACGAAUUCUCCGAUCUAUUUUCUCGUCAAGUACGAGAGAAGAAGUCGAGUAACAAACCAAAGACAACACAAAAGAAAUCAAAAGAGGUUGCAAAGUUACUUGACCAGAAACGUUCACAAAAUGUCGGAAUUUUAAUAUCUAGUCUUCAUUUGGAAAUUUCUGAUGUGGAAAAUGCUGUGUACAAUUUUGAUACAUCUGUUGUUGAUUUGGAUGCCCUUCAAGCCAUUUAUGAAGUCCAACCAAGUGAAGAUGAAUUACAGUUAAUCAAGAACCAUCUUGCCACCAAUUCAGAAAUUCCUUUAGACAAACCUGAACAAUUCUUAUAUGAUUUAUCUCAAAUACCGCUUUACGCAGACAGAGUUUCUUGCAUCAUGUUUCAGUCAAAUUUUGCAGAAACAAUUAGUUCUAUAGAAAAUAAAUUAAACAAUAUGAAAAUGACAAGUGAAUGUCUUAUGACUAGUGAAAAUAUCCAACAAGUUUUUGGGAUUAUUCUUGCAUUAGGAAAUUACAUGAAUGGUGGGAAUCGAAGCAGGGGCCAAGCAGAUGGAUUUGGAUUAGAAAUUUUACCAAAAUUAAAAGAUGUGAAAAGUAAAGAUAAUUCCAUAACAUUAUUGCAUUACAUUGUUCGGAUAUAUAUGAACCUUUAUCAAGAGGAUACUAAUUUAGAAAAAGCAAAUUUUCCUCUGCCCGAACCCAGCGAUAUCGAACGUUCGAGCUUUGUUAACUUUGAAGAUAUGUCUAAGGAUCUUAAAAAGCUUCAUACACAAAUAACGAGUUGCGAAAGGAAAGUAGCAAAAGUUGUUAAUUCAAAUGAAGAAAAUCAAGAACCAUUUAAACAUAAAAUGGAAGAAUUUUUACAAAAAGCUUAUAGAGAACACAAAGAACAAGAAGACAAUUUAGAAGAAUGCAAAUUAAAGUUCGCAGAAGUAAUAACAUUCUUUAGUUGGUCUUCUAAAUCAGCCAAUAAGUCUGAAUGGCCUAAAGAAUUUUUCGGUCUCUGGGUACCAUUCUGCAAUGAUUUCAAAGAUAUUUGGAAGAAAGAAUUACAACUGAAAAUCAAACAAGAGCUAGAGAAAGCACGUCAGAAAGUUAAAGAAAUGAAGGAGGAAAAGAAAGCUAAUAUCAAGAAAGUUAAAGAAAAACCAACUGGUUUAAAAGCAAAACUGGCAAAAAAAGGCAUGAUCAAAGAUGUUUCUGUCAAAUCGUGAUUAUUUUACAUACGAACAACCACGGUACAUAAAAGUGUAAUUAAUUUCAAACAAUGUUUACCAUAGAAAUUGAGGCUGGACCUUGUUGUGAAUUUAUUCCUUAAAUGGUUACUGGAUAAUCAUAUUAUUUUUUUUAGAAUUUUUAAAAAUGAAAAUAAAAUAAAAAAAAAAAAGGAAUAAAGAAGAAAAUGAAUUAACUUUAUAGAGAACCAACAAAUUCAAUACAGUAUAUUACUGUGCUUUUGUACUUUGUGCAAUUUUAUGUUGGUAAUUGGCCUAUUCUUUUUCUUAUAUCACAGUGAACGGUUGAUCUGAGAUUGUAUUUUGUUUUUUAGAAUUAAAU